AUGACGAGAGACGCCCAGGCUUUGUCCCUCGACCCUGGCCGUGUCACCCUACCUCAGAGCCUGUUGAGCACGGAGGUCUGCCUGCUCUUCCUGGUCCAUUGGCCACAGUGUGUUAACCUGUGGCAGGGAGGGCUCAGCCAGGGCUCAGGGGUAGCUACUGGGCUAAUGCCAUUGGUUCCACUGGCUCAGGUUGCUAUAGAGUCUCUCACAAGUUGAAAGGUUUAAUUGUUCGCUCAGGUUGAGAUCAAUAUUUCAUCUUUUCACAUAAUCCCCUUCAUGGUGAAAUCAUUGGGUUUUUGAUUUAGUCAAUAAUAACAGUUUUCUCAACUGCAAAGUUUGCAAGCCACAAGUAAGAACUUUACAACUGACAAGACUAAGGUUCUUUCAUUGUUCUAUUGUUUUUGUCUCUAUGAUACACAUUGUUGUCCCUAUUACUGUGUUAAGGGUCUGCAAGUUAGACCUGUUUGUCUUCAGCUCUUCUCAGGUUUCUUAACAUUUCUCACUCUCUUUUCACAGGAUGACGAGGGCCAGACAGCGCUACACUAUGGUAAGGAGUUGUCAUAAAGCAAAAUCUUCCGGAUAUCAGAGAUUUUAAUCUAGAUUUCUGGGUGAAUAUGUGUAUAUAGGCUAUGUUUGUGUAUGAAUGGUUGUAUGUACAUGUACUGUAAAUUGCAUCGCUGUUUAUGAGUGUGAACAAUUGUAUGGGGAUGGAUGGGGAACCAUGCACCAUCUGCUCUCUUGGCCCUGCAUCUGUCUCCCUCUCUGCCUCCCUCUUUCUCAUCCCCCUCUCUUCUCCCUCUUUUACUGCUGUUGCUAUCUAAGGUGCCUUUCAUCCAUCAGCGUCUCUUUCAUCCCUCCCUCUCUCCAUCUCUCUGUGUGUGUGUGUGUGUGUGUUCGUGUGUGUAUGUGUGUGUGUUCAUGUGCUUGUGUCUAAUCUAUGGUCUAUGUGUGUGUGUGUCUGUGCGUAUGGAGGGGCAGUGUGUAAUAAUCACCAGGUCUCCCCAAGGAAAUCAACAGUGCUCCUCAGACUCUCAAUACCCCCUCCCAUGGGCGGCCCCCAUGUCCUCUGAGCCCUUGGUGUGUGUGGGGACACCAUCUGGCCCCUGGCUGGGCUGGGUGACUACAGGGUGGGGACUGGGCACGUGGCUGUCGUACAGUAGACCACCACGCCACUGGGGACCCAGGCAGGGACAUGAGGAUGGGGCUUUAAAAAAAAAACUAAUAAACAUAAGCGAUGAACUCUAGGAGACAAAUAGCAGAGAAUGAAAAUUCAUUUCCACCUCUCUUUGCACAGGGCCACAGUGGCUGGCAAAUGAUUAAUUGAGGGUUUACUGCACACUAUAAAUUGUUCUCCUUCUCAACGACUCCCGUGGGGAUGAGGAUUUUACAGGCCAAGGCCCCGUACAGCGCACGCAGCCAAAAAAUAAAAAUGUAGAAGAAGAAGAAAAAUCUGGAACCUGACAUAACUAAGGCUGUUUUUUUUCUUCUCCCUGCUGAGAACGGGCGGCACUUUAGCCACCUCUGGGCUGGAGGUUAAAAGGGCCUGCUGUCAAUCAGCCGUUCCUGCUGACAUCAGCCCAUCACACAAGAGCAGGAGGGCUCUCUUUAAGAGGAGAGAGCGAUUGACACUGGCGGAGAAAAGCACUCUGAGCACGGAGGAAUCUAGGUGCAUCAGCGCUGCGACUCGCUAACUGAGUUAAGAAAAUGCAAGCCCUCUCCUCAUAUCGUAGCCUGUGAGUCCUUUUAGUGGGACACAAAUUGCCAAUCGGGCACAAAUUGAGUGUUUCAGCCAACCACAGGUUCAGGGCAAUGUCAAUGGGCCUCCAUAUGAGCUUUUCAUUGACUCCUGCACUCAGGUUAAAAACUUCAGGAAUAUAAACACCAAUGCUUAGAGGCUGUGUUUAGACGUAGUUGUGUGCAUCAUGUCUCCUCAGGUGACCUUGGAGAUAUUUAAAGGUGAUCCUUUUCUAUUAGUGAUUUGGGUACUGUAAGAUAUAUACAGAUAAGUGUAUAUUCAAGUUGCUGUCAGAACAAUGAGAUUUACUAUGUCCUGUCUUGUCAUACCACCCAGAAUGAUAUAUGGAAAUGGCUGCUUUCAUGGCAUGUUACCUGUAUAGUCAAUCCUGGAUCCUUUUACCUCUGAAGUGCAUCACAAUGAUAUCUCUUUCCUCUCUCUCUCCCCCCUCUCUCUCUCCCCUCUCUCGUUCUCUCUCACCCUGCUGUGUCUCCCCCCUCUCUCUCCUUCUGUUCUCUCUCCCUGCGCUCUUUCACUUUGCUCUCUCCCUCUUCUGUUACUCUGCCCCCCCCCCCCCCUCUCCGUCCUGCAGCGUCUGCGUGUGAGUUUGCUGACAUUGUGGAGCUGCUUCUACAGGCUGGGGCAGACCCUUCCAUUAAGGACCAGGAGGGCUCACUGCCCGAGGAGGUCACUGAAUCCAGUGCCAUCUCCUCACUGCUGCGCCAGUACACCGCCCCCAAGGGCUAG